GAUAAACAAGUGUCCCACGUUGUGCAGCUCUCUGACUCUCUCUCUCUCUCUACCUACGACAACCGUUUUUUCUCGCCGGAAAACCAACAUUGACUUGGUCUCCGGCGAUUCACCUCCGAUCCCUCCACCAUGAGUUCCGGCGAGCUCAUCCACAUACAGCCUCAGGAGCUGCAGUUUGGCUUGGAAUUGAGGAAGCAGAUCUCAUGCUCUUUGCAGUUGUCUAACAAGACAGAUAACUAUGUGGCUUUCAAGGUUAAGACGACAAAUCCGAAGAAGUAUUGUGUUAGACCUAACACUGGAGUUGUGUUGCCUAGGUCUACAUGUGAUGUUACAGUAACAAUGCAAGCCCAAAAGGAGGCACCUCCUGACAUGCAAUGCAGGGAUAAGUUUCUCCUUCAAAGUGUAGUAGCAAGCCCUGGAGCAACAGCAAAAGAUAUCACUCCAGAAAUGUUCAAUAAAGAAUCUGGCUAUGCUGUGGAAGAGUGCAAAUUGAGAGUUGUUUAUGUUCCUCCUCCCCAACCACCAUCCCCAGUCCGAGAAGGAUCCGACGAAGAUUCUUCACCUCGUGCAUCUGUAUCAGAAAACGGGCAUUCAAGUGCUUUGGAAUUUAUGCCUGCUUCAAAAGCUUUCAAUGAGCAGGUUGAACAUCAAGAUGCUUCAUUUGAGGCAACAACUCUUAUUUCCAAGGCAACUGAGGAGAGGAAUUCUGCUGUUGAGCAAACUAAAAGGCUUCAACAAGAACUGGAUCUUUUGAGGCGUGAAGCCAACAGAAGCCGUGGUGGUAUACCAUUUAUGUAUGUAGUUCUUAUUGGCUUGAUUGGCAUCAUUUUGGGUUUCCUAUUGAAGAGGACGUGACCUAUGUGAUUGCCAGCUUCUCCAAGAUGAUCAAUUGUAGAAAGCAGCAAGAGGAAGAAAAAUGUGUUAUAUGCAAAAACCAAUUAUUGUCUUAUUGUUGUGUAUUGCUUCUAGAAAUUUGGAAUGUGUGAUCUGAAAUAUAGGUACUUCUAUCAGCAAUAGCAAUCAUAGUCGUCAGUAGACAUGUUGAUGGAAUUGGUAUCAUGGGAAGUGCAUUGUUAUUUGAUGUGGUACAUGUGAUUAAUUUUUUUAUUUGCUCCUAUUUCCCGACCUCACCUUGCUUGUAUCAAUUCAAAGUCAUUGGCA